CCCUCCUCCUCCAGACACUGCCCGCCCACGUCCGCCACCGCUGACCAACAUGGCAAACUUCACACCAGUCAACGGCAGCUCGGGCAACCAGUCUGUGCGGCUGGUCACGUCCACCCACAACCGCUACGAGACGGUGGAGAUGGUGUUUAUUGCCACGGUGACAGGCUCCCUGAGUCUGGUGACUGUUGUGGGCAAUAUCCUGGUGAUGCUGUCCAUCAAGGUCAACAGGCAGCUGCAGACGGUCAACAACUACUUCCUGUUCAGCCUGGCGUGCGCCGACCUCAUCAUAGGCGCCUUCUCCAUGAACCUCUACACCGUGUACAUCGUCAAGGGCUACUGGCCCCUGGGCGCCGUGGUCUGUGACCUGUGGCUGGCCCUGGACUACGUGGUGAGCAACGCCUCUGUCAUGAACCUUCUCAUCAUCAGCUUUGACCGCUACUUCUGCGUCACCAAGCCCCUCACCUACCCUGCCCGGCGUACCACCAAGAUGGCGGGCCUCAUGAUCGCUGCAGCCUGGGUCCUGUCCUUCGUGCUCUGGGCGCCUGCCAUCUUGUUCUGGCAGUUCGUGGUGGGCAAGCGGACAGUGCCCGACAACCAGUGCUUCAUCCAGUUCCUGUCCAACCCGGCGGUGACCUUCGGCACAGCCAUCGCCGCCUUCUACCUGCCCGUGGUCAUCAUGACGGUGCUCUACAUCCACAUCUCCCUGGCCAGCCGCAGCCGAGUCCACAAGCACCGGCCCGAAGGCCCGAAGGAGAAGAAGGCCAAGACGCUGGCCUUCCUCAAGAGCCCCCUGAUGAAGCAGAGCAUCAAGAAGCCCCCGCCCGGAGAAGUUGCUCGGGAGGAGCUGCGGAACGGGAAGCUAGAGGAGGCCCCUCCACCGGCCCUGCCACCACCGCCACGCCCAGUGGCUGACAAGGACACUUCCAAUGAGUCUAGCUCGGGCAGUGUCACCCAGAACACCAAGGAACGACCAGCCACAGAGCUGUCGACCACAGAGGCUGCCACGCCUGCCAAUCCUGUCCCUUCCCUACAGCCACGGGCCCUCAAUCCAGCCUCCAAAUGGUCCAAGAUCCAGAUUGUGACAAAGCAGACAGGCAAUGAAUGUGUGACAGCCAUCGAGAUUGUGCCUGCCACGCCUGCGGGCAUGCGUCCGGCGGCCAACGUGGCCCGCAAGUUUGCCAGCAUCGCUCGCAACCAGGUUCGCAAGAAGCGGCAGAUGGCGGCCCGGGAGCGCAAGGUCACAAGGACCAUCUUUGCCAUUCUGCUGGCCUUCAUUCUCACCUGGACGCCCUACAACGUCAUGGUCCUGGUGAACACCUUCUGCCAGAGCUGUAUCCCUGACACCGUGUGGUCCAUCGGCUACUGGCUCUGCUAUGUCAACAGCACCAUCAAUCCCGCCUGCUACGCGCUCUGCAACGCCACCUUCAAAAAGACCUUCCGGCACCUGCUGCUGUGCCAGUACCGGAACAUCGGCACUGCCAGGUAGGCAGGCAGGGCACCCUAGGAGGCGCUGCUGCGGCGUGUGUGUGCUGGGGGACUACAGGGCUCGCCUGCUCUGGGAAGAGAGCUGGAGUCACCGUUCCGCGUUCGCUCUUGCCGAAGAGGAGAACCGAGGUCUCCGAGACCCUGAGGCUCAGGAAGGCCCUGGCUGGAUUCAGAGACCAGACCUCUCUGUGCUCAGGCUGAGGAGGCUGUUCCGGGGAGGGUCUGGACUGGGCUGGCCUGGCCCAUCUCUGUGGCCCUCCCUCAGAGAGCUGGGGGGCACCUGCUGGGUGUGUACCGCCCCUCUGUGGCUGUCAGCUUAGCUGAAAGACAUCCAGAGGGAGGAGAGGGGCCAGUGCUUGGGAAGAGAGUGGAAGGGUGGGGUCCCCGUUCUGCUGUAAUAGGUGCUUUCUGCCCCCUGCACCCCGCAUGUAGGCUCAGCCCCGUCCCCUCAAACCCCACUCCCAGGGCAGAAACCUCCCUCCGCUGCAGCUACUCAGCCAGGCUCUGGGUGGGUGGGCAACUGCAGGCUCCCAGGCCCCGGCUGGCCAUAGCUGGCCUUGUCACAGCAGGAUGGGGCAGCCGAGAGGUCGGGACCACACUCAGGAACCAGGGUCUGGCCUCUUGUGUCCUAGGCUGAGCCAAGAGUGGGCCGCCUUAUUCCCAAGUACAGGGCUCGCCCCAGGUCACUCGGCUUCCGUGUGGGGCUGUCCUACCUGCCCUCUGCAAACCUCAUCUCUGGCCUCUGCCUGAGUCACCGGGAACGCGAAAGGCAUAAACCUGACCACGCAGGCUUCAGUGACAGUGAGGGAGACGGAGGAGUAACCUCCCUCUCUCCUCUCCCCGGGUGGACGCGCCCUGACCGGCAGUGGGCGGGGCCAAAAGACCUUUUACGGGGCGGGGCCGAGAU